AUGAAUUGGCAAGUGAGGUCAACAUUCAGACCUAGAGCAAGACGAAAUGAUGAAAAAUCUUUGCAGCUGGUUGGGCCUAUGGUUGCCCAGCAGCCUGACGCUGAGCCAAGUUAUGGCAAGGAGCCACCAACUGAGCGUCAGGAUAUUAUACCUGAUCAAGAGAAAAAAGAUGAAGGAGCAUCUGGGAUUCAAGGGCCAGCCCCGGAACCUAAUCAAAAGGAACAGGCUGGUGAGAAGACCGGGCGUGAGCAUGGAGAUGGUCCUGCUGUCAAAGGGAGGGGUCUUGCAAAUCUAGAGCCCCUGAAGAUGCCAGAGGCAGGGCAGGGGCAGGUGCUGCUGAUGUGCAGCAAAUCUUACUGCGCCCACGCUGCUCACAACGUCUCCUCCAAGAACCGCCAAGCCACUGUAGAAAGAGCAGCCCAGCUGUCCAUCAGCGUCACCAAUCCCAAUGCCACGCUGCGCAGUGAAGAAAUGAAUAGACAGCUCAUGUGCAUGUCAUAUUUGUGUUAA